AGGAGCCACUAGUGGGUGGGAGGGUGUCAGAAGCUCAGUGGGAAUUCAGUGACGUCACCUCCAGCAAUGACAUGAGAUCCCCUGUGGGAGGGGAUUUGCAGUCUGAUGUCUGGGACACGCCCACUGGCUGCUGAUUGCUGCAGCUGGGAGAGAGGCGGGCUGGUCGCUGAUUGGUCGCUACGGGGCAGAGGGAAUGGGCGUUUGUACAAGUAAUUACAAUGAAUCAGCCAGAGGAGUUGAGGUCCGUUCCAUUCGGCGAGGGCAGAACUACAUUUCCCAGAAUGCAUCAGAGCCGACUCACUGCAACUCUGACUGGAACUGACAUUCCGACCUCUCCGGCACUCGCUUCCCUCUAAUCUCGCGAGAACACAUUUGUCACGUUCGGCUUCGCUGUCCGGAAAGAGCCGAGAGACUGAUCGGUAGCGUCGGGCGGUCAGACCGUGUGAGGCGGAAUGAGGAGCGAGUGGCGGGACUUCUGGGAGCCCAAUGUUACUGACUGUGUCACUGGCAGAAAGAACAAGACUCCGUUGGGCGCCAUGUGAUGCCACGGGGAUUGGGACGGUGCCCAACACUAUGAAACUCUGGUGAUGAGGCAACUGAGGAGCUGGGAAUUGUGGGAGAUCCGACAUUUUCUUGCUCUGCAGAUAAUGAUGAUGAUGAUGAUGGGUAUUUGCGGUGCUUUGGGGCGAGUGCCACCCCCAUAUUUGCUUUAGAGACUCAGUGGAACAUUUCUCAAAGGCCAAUCAUGGAAGAGCUGAUGUUUGGGCAGCCUGACCCAGAGUGUGGGCCCCCUGACAUGAGAGGUGACCAUGAAGCAGAAGACAGGACACACAUGAGUGAUCAGCUGCAACUUCAAGCUCCACGGCGACGGAACCGCAGGGUGAGAUGUGACCCAGUGAAGGUGCCGACGGUUGUUUCUUUGGAGAUGCCGAGCAUCAGGAGCGCAGUGCAGCACCUUCUAAACAAGCAAGAGAGAACGUUGAUGAACUUGGGGCUCCUGGCAGUGAAUGAGGACAAUGCUGACUCAACCAUGGAGUCAAACUCGUAUAUUUGUGUUGAGUGUGGGCAGUGCUUCUUGUAUGAAAAGGCCUGCGUAGAGCAUCGGAAACAUCACAAACCCUUCAUUGUGGAAGCUGGCGCCAUGGGCACGAUGGGUAGUGCCACCAAGAUGGGCAGUUUGGAUCAGAAGAGAACCGGGCAGGAGUUGAUGUGUUCAGAUUGCGGCAAAACCUUUAUUGGGAAGUCGAAUCUUAUCGUUCACCAGAGGACACACACGGGGGAGAAGCCUUACGGUUGCAUCUUCUGUGGCAAACACUUUGGGAGAAGCUCGGUCCUUAGGAAGCACGAGAGGAUUCACACGGGGGAGAAGCCAUACACGUGUCUGUACUGCGGCAAAGGCUUCAGUCAGAACUCUGGGCUGAAGAACCAUGAGAGAAUUCACACAGGGGAGAAACCCUACGCCUGUGCCCAAUGUGGGAGGUGCUUCAGCCAAAGUGCUGACCUCAUGGUUCACUACAGAACCCACACGGGAGAGAAGCCCUUCAUAUGUGUAGAGUGCGGCAACAGCUUCAUCCGCAGCUCCGAUUUGGUCAUUCACCAGAGGACUCACUCCGGCAUUAAACCCUUCACUUGCACCGAGUGCGGCAAGAGCUUCAGCCAGAGGUCCCAGAUCAUUCGUCAUCGGAGAACCCACACGGGGGAGCGGCCAUUUACCUGCGACGUCUGCAUGAAGAGCUUCAUCCUCAGCUCAGAACUCAAGAAGCAUCACCGGGUCCAUACGGGGGAGAAGCCCUAUAAGUGCAAGGAGUGCGGCAAGUCUUUCCGCCACUGCUCCAACAUGAGUCGCCACCAGAAGAUGCACGUGGACAUUCUGGCAAUGUGAAGGCACAUACGGAGACUUGAGCCCAAGACUCUUAUAUUGGCCCCUGCACUGCUGCACAUUUCCCCUUAUUCUUAUGGGAGGGGCAAUAAAGGUUCACAUGGCAGUUAAUAAGCUGCAACACACCCUCUAGAACCCUCUAGAACCCAGUGCAGAACAUAAGCUUGGCCCCAUACUGGGCUCUCUGGCUAUGGAUCACUAUGGAGAUGAUUUCUGGGCCUUUCAGACUAAAUGCACUGCUUCAGGCAUAUUGAUUUGUAUCCACAUUUAGUAGCACUUACAUUUACUCCAUGAGCUUCUCCCUGUCCAAGAACCUCGGUCUCCCGUAACCUACAGCCGUACAUAGAAUUGCCCUGGGCCCUCAGCUCACGUAGAGAGAGAAGAAAGCACACGCUUCUACUCACAUCCAUUCAACUCGCAUCAACCUGCUGUAUUGUGCUCUGUCCAUAUAUCCACAGCGAGGCACCUAUAUCAGCACCUAUAUCAGCACCCAUAUCAGCACCCACUGCUCUACUCUCUCCAAUAUAUUCACCUUUUAACUGAA